AUGGCUGCUCCUCGUUCCGCCCCUUCGCUCCUCACCAUCCCCACCAAUAGCCCCUCCUCCUCCUCCUCCUCCUCCACCUCGUCAACGGUCGCGGAACAAUCCCCGACCACUCCCACCAAGGUCACCGUCACUGCUGCUACCCCCGUCGACCCGCGCUCCUCCGACAACACCACUCCGGACGAACAGGCCCUGCACAACCUAACUGCCAACGACGUGCACCAACAGACCUCCUCCACAAUGGGCAACGUCUCUGAAAGUUCCGCUAUGGACCAGGUGCUCGCAGGCAUCCUCUCCAUGCAGAAGGAGCUCUCCCGAAUGCAUGUCCGAAUGGACGAGUUGGAAAGCAAGAAUGAAGCUGCCGCACGCAGAAACUCGUUCUACAACUCGUUCACCCCGGGCAGCAUGUCGCCCGCACUCAAGAGCCCCGGCCUCAUGCCCCGCCUGCACCUCCGAUCCUCGUCCCCACCCAAGAACGGCACCAUGGAUAUGCUGCAUGCGCCACACCUCUCUACGGGUGCCUCGGCGCACACGCAGCCCGCACCCUUGCUCGCCGAGGAGCCCAAGCUCGGUCUAUGGGCCGUCGUGCCUGCCGGUGGUGCGGGCACGCGUCUCUGGCCACUCUCGCGAGAGUCGUACCCCAAGUUCCUGCUUGAUCUCACCGGGUCCGGGAGGACGCUGUUGCAGAGCACGUGGGAUCGUUUACUGCCCUUGGCGGGCCAGUCGCAGAUGAUGAUCGUCACAGGCAAAGCGCAUGUGGAAGGUGUGUCGGCGCAGCUGCCGCAGUUGGAGCAGGCCAAUGUGCUGGCUGAGCCGUCGCCCAAGGAGUCGAUGGCUGCCAUCGGCCUGGCGGCUGCCGUGCUGCACGAGCGCGACCCGGACGCGGUGCUGGGUUCGUUUGCCGCCGAUCACAUCAUCUCGGGUCGCGAUGCAUUCGAGUCGGCGGUGACCGAGGCUGUGGCCACGGCCAAGGCCGGGUAUCUGGUCACGAUCGGUAUUGCGCCCUCGCACCCAUCGACUGGUUUCGGUUACAUCAAGCUCGGCGAGAAGCUCAGUGUCAGCGAGGCACCCAACGCGCGCCGUGUCACCGAGUUCAAGGAGAAGCCCGAUGCCAGGACCGCGUCGGCGUAUCUGUCCACAGGUGACUACCGCUGGAAUGGUGGUAUGUUCGUCGUCAAGGCCAAGGUCUUGUUGGAUCUGUUGCAGGAGAGCAUGCCGGAGCUGCACGACGGCUUGACGCGCAUUGCUUCAGCGUGGGACUCGGAUGCGAGGGAUGCGGUUAUGGCCGAGAUCUGGCCUACACUGCCCAAGAUUGCCAUCGAUCAUGCCGUGGCCGAGCCCGCGAGUAAGGUCGGCAAGGUGGCCGUCGUCCCCGCGACGUUCGGUUGGGAUGAUGUCGGUGACUUUGCCUCGUUGGCCGAUCUCAUUCCGGCUGAAGAGGGCGAGCCGAGGAUUCUGGGCGAUGCCAGGUUGGUCGUCACCGAGAGUCAGGUAGGUGGAUUGAUCAUCCCGGCGGCUGGACGUCCGAUUGCGUGUCUUGGUGUCGAUGAUGUGGUCGUGGUCGACACGCCCGAUGCGUUGUUGAUCACGACUAGGGCGAGGUCCCAGGACGUCAAGAAGAUUGUCGGUAGGACGAAGAAGGUCUAUCCCGAACUGUGCUAA